AGUGCGUUGCGCGGCCGUGGCUGAGAGCGCACGCACAGCUGAGUUCUUUCCGAGGGAGUCAAUGUGUUGUCUGUGGAAAAUGAGAGAUCGUGGCGAGUGGACGUGAUGAUGUAUAUACAUGAUGUGCAGACAUUUGAUCACAAUACUAGCCAUAAUCGGAUAUAUAGCUAAGAGUUAUGGCUACCCCGAGCUGCUGUUUGCCAACCGCAAGGAUAUCCGCAUUUUAGAUGUGGGUAGGGAGAGGCAGUCCCGCCAGGUUAUUCUUAAGGAUGUUAAUGAUGCAGCUUCUGUGGACUACUACCACAAGGGCCAGUUGUUGCUGACAACAUACAUUGAGUCAUCAAAACAAACAAGGAUGUCAAAGCCAACAGCGUCAGUGGAAUGUUCCAUGUCAGAACAUCUCUUCACUCGGUCGAGAUCUCAUGCACUGCAGGUGAAGCUCGACUAUCAUCGUGCAACUACAGAGCGUACAAGAAUGAACACAAAGUCUCUUAAAAAUGCUUACCUGAUCAGGAUUUGCAAUGUUAGAACCUUGGUACAAAAUGGAAAAAUGAACAACGUAGAAAAGGAAAUGAAAAGAACGAAGAUUGGUGGCUUUAUCGGAAGUCAAAUGGAAGGAGCAAAGAAAAGGGUAAAAGCAGAGAUUGGAGACGGCCAGUGUGGUUUUGCGGAGGGAAAGGAUUUCACAAAAGCUUUUGAUAAAGUUCGGCAUGAGAAAUUAUUUAAAAUUCUAUGCAAUAUAAAUGUAGACGGAAGAGAUAUGAGGAUCAUUAGAAAUAUUUAUUGGGAACAAGAAGCAACAAUUAGACAUGAAGGAGAAUUAGGUUUAUUUUGGCUCUACAACAAAAUUAUUUUAAGGAAAUUAGACAACCUACUGGGAAUCAAGACAGGAGGCAGAUGCACCAACAGCAUACGAUAUGCAGAUGACACUGUGCUGAUAGCAUCAAUGAGGAACCUCCAGACACUUUUAGAUAUAGUUAUGGCAGAAAGAAAAUGUCAUUUAGUCAAGAAUAGAAGGAAAACGGGCAAGAGGGAGACAAAGACAGAAACAAAUGGAUACUUUGAAGAACUGGAUAAGGGCAAGGGACAAUACGGAACUCAUACCUGGUGUCAAAAUAGAGAUGUUUGGAGGUCUGUGGUUGCCAUUGCUGUGACAGUGAUCACGCGGGGCAUCAUCUCCCCCGAUGGCCUGGCGGUGGAUUGGCUUGGGGAGAAGCUCUACUGGACGGACUCAGACACCAACCGGAUCGAGGUGGCUGAGCUUUACAACAAGUACCGUCAAGUGCUCUUCUGGAAGGACUUGGACCAACCAAGAGCCAUUGCGCUCGUGCCAUCAGAAGGACUGAUGUUCUGGACAGAUUGGGGCGAAAACCCCAAAAUAGAGCGUGCGGGAAUGGAUGGAGAUUCUGCAACGAGGAAGGUCAUUGUGAAGGAUGAGAUCUUUUGGCCCAAUGGCUUGACGGUUGACUACGACCAGAGAGUUAUUUACUGGGCAGAUGCACGGCUUUCGUACAUUGCCUCUGUCAAUUUCCAUGGGGAGAAGAGAACGAAGGUCGUAAAGAAGAAAUUACCUCACCCAUUUGCCCUGACUUACUUCAACCACACACUCUACUGGACUGACUGGGAGACUCGGUCCAUCCAUUACUGCAACAUUAAUGAAAAUCGCACCUGCGACAAACACCACCAGCUGGGCACAAACCUCUCCCCAAUGUACAUUCAUGUGUAUGACCCAGCACGACAGCCCCAGGUGGACACCCCUUGUCAGAACAACAAUGGGGGUUGCAGCCACCUGUGCCUGGCUGCCCCUGCCCCCAAGAAGUUCUCCUGUGCUUGUCCCACGGGAGUAAAGCUGGUUGACAACUAUACAUGUGCCAAUGGGUCGGAGGAAAUGCUGAUCCUGGCCAGGCGAACAGAUCUGCGGCGAAUUUCCUUAGACACCCCAGACCACACUGCCAUUGUCAUGCCUGUAUCUGGGGUCAAGCAUGCCAUUGCAGUUGACUUUGACCCCAUUGAUGGCUUUGUUUACUGGACUGAUGAUGAGGCCCUGUGUAUUCAGCGUGCCAAGCUAGAUGGAUCUGAACAACAGGUAGUUGUGUCAGCAGAAGUCUUCAACCCAGAUGGCAUUGCGGUUGAUUGGGUGGCUCGUAAUCUUUACUGGACGGACACUGGGCCAGAUCGGAUUGAAGUGGCGAGGCUGAAUGGUACUGCCAGGAAGAUCCUGAUCACAGACCACUUAGAUGAGCCGCGGGCCAUUGCGGUAGACCCAGAUGGAGGCCUCAUGUUCUGGACAGACUGGGGAAAGAAGCCCAAGAUUGAGAGGGCAGCCCUGGAUGGCUCCAUGAGGCAGGUCAUUGUCAGCACAGAUCUUGGCUGGCCCAAUGGAGUGGCUAUUGACUUCCAGAGGAGGAGAAUCUAUUGGUGUGAUGCUGAAACCGAUAAGAUUGAGACGGCAUUGUUUGAUGGAAGAGAGAGAAAAGUCUUGCUGAGUGACCACCUUCCUCAUGUCUUUGGAUUUUCUCUCUUGGACAACUAUCUCUACUGGACAGACUGGCAGAGACGGAGCAUAGAACGAGUUAACACAAUCAGUGGGAUGAGAGAAGCCAUAGUUGAACAGCUGCCUGACCUCAUGGGUCUGAAAGCUGUGAAUGUGAACAAGAAAGGAGGAUCCAACCCCUGCGCAGUAGAGAACGGAGGUUGCUCACACCUCUGCCUCAACAGACCCAGCAACAACUUCACCUGUGGAUGCCCAAUAGGUUAUGAAUUGACCCAGGAUGGAAAGGUCUGUGUGGUGCCAGAGGCCUUUUUGCUCUACACACGGAAAGAAGAUAUCAGGCGCAUUUCUCUGCUGACCAGCCACAAUGUUGCCAUUCCUGUCACUGGUAUUGAAGAAGCCAUGGCAAUAGAUUUCGACAGCAUCGACAACAGAUUAUACUGGACUGACAUCAGUGCCAAGUCCAUUUCUCGUGCCUUCAUGAAUGGGUCCCAGCUGGAACCGGUGAUAGAGUUUGGCCUGGAGUAUCCAGAGGGCAUGGCUGUCGACUGGCUGGCCCGCAACAUCUACUGGGCUGAUAUGGGCAACCACAGAAUUGAAGUUGCCAGAUUGGACGGGAGUUCAAGACGUGUAUUGAUAUGGCAGAACAUUGCAAGUCCUCGCUCCCUUGCCCUUGACCCAGGCCAAGGCUACAUGUAUUGGUCAGAAUGGGGAGAUGAACCAAGAAUAUCUCGAGCCCAUUUAGAUGCUUCCCAGUUGUCGGUUAUAGUCACAGACAUGGGACGUGCAAAUGGUCUAACCAUUGACUUCAAGGACACACGACUCUACUGGACUGACAUUGACAACUCCCGGAUUGAAAGCAGUGAUCUCGAGGGUCUUCGAAGAGAGGUUAUUGUUCGCAGCCUACCUCAGCCAUAUGGUCUUACACUGUAUGAAGACUAUGUCUAUUGGGCUGAUUGGAAGACAGGCACAAUAGAGCGUGCUAACAAGACCAAUGGAGAAAACAGGACAAGAAUUCAGGGGCAGCUAGACUUCGUCAUGGACAUCCUUGUAUUUCACUCUUCGCGGCAAUCUGGGAGUAACCAGUGCUCAAUUAACAAUGGUGGCUGUUCGCACCUCUGCUUGGCUGUGCCUUUGACAGACACCACUGAGAACUAUACCUGUGCUUGCCCGACUCACUACACUUUGGGUGCAGAUGGAAAAACUUGUAAAGCACCAUCAUCCUUCCUGCUGUUCAGCCAGAAGUCAGUGGUGAGUCGGCUGAUGGAAGAGGAGAAUGUGUGUCCGACACUCAUCUUACCCAUCCACAACAUGCGCAAUGUGCGGGCAAUCGACUAUGAUCCACUUGAGCAGCUGGUGUACUGGGUGGAUGGGCGGGGCGACACCCUCCGCAAGGCUCACCACAAUGGAACACAGAGCCAGGUCUUCGUGGGCAACCCCAUGGAAAAAAUCUACCCUUAUGACAUUGCGGUUGAGCCCUUCACCAGGGUCCUGCUGUGGUCUUGUGCUAGGAAUAACAUUAUCAAUGUCACCAGGCUGGAUGGAACACAGGUUGGUGGCAUUAUUGGCUAUGAGGGGGACGACAAGCCUCGCUCUCUGGCCGUGCACCCCAUGCUGGGGCUGCUCUUCUUUGUCAACAUGGUUUCCCCACCAGUGAUUGAGCAGGCCCACUUGGAUGGCCUACAGCGACGUAAAGUCAUCUCUGAUGGCCUGCGCUCCCCCUCUGCCCUGGCUGUUGACAUCAGGGAAAACCUCCUCUUCUGGGCAGACAGUGAAAAGAAAUAUAUUGAGACCUCCAAUUUGUAUGGAGAUGAUAGAAAAAUCCUUGUGGACCGAGACCUUGGGCAACCAGUGGGACUUGCAGUCCAUGGAGACUACCUCUAUUGGGUGGACAAAGACCUGCACCUGGUUGAGCGCGUGAACAAGUACACAGGUCAGCAGAGGGAGAAGGUCCAGGGACGCAUGUCUCACCUCUCAGAUAUAAUCGCUGUGUCAUCACAGCUAUACAGUAACAUGACAGGUCACCCGUGCCACAAUGGAAGUGAGUGCAGCCACCUAUGCUUAGAGAGAGACAGAAGGCAGCAUUGUGCUUGUCCAGAGGGGAAAGCGCUUGCUGAUGACAUGAAGACGUGCAUAAAUCCCCCCACUUGCAAGCCCAAAAUGUUUCGCUGCCACUCAGGGAAUGUCGACUGCAUCCCCAUCAAAUGGAUGUGUGAUGGGCAGUCUGAGUGCGCAGACAAGAGCGAUGAGCUUGAUUGUCCUCAACGUACCUGCCAGAGUAACCAAUUUCAGUGCCACAAUGGCCAGUGUAUUGACAAAUCCAUGAUAUGUGAUGGGAAAUCACAGUGUGAUGAUGAAAGUGAUGAGGAACGCUGCUGUGGAGAUGGGCAAGUGUUAUGUGGGUCAACAGGGCAGUGUGUGGACACCCUAACACACUGUCAAGGUAGCCGGCUAUGCCCUGACAACCCAGACCAUGCUUUCUGCUCCACACUGGUGACAACAACAGAUGUACCUGGAGCAGUCAGCAAGGCCCCCUACAUUGUAGGAGUUGUGGCAUCAGUGGUGGUUCUAUUCUGCGUGGCAGCACUUGUGGUUUAUUACCGGCGGCGGCCAUCCCUUCUGGAUGACCAUGAGCUGGAACCACAACCAAAAACAUCCCAGCCACGCCGCUAUGAGCUGGUGGUGACAGCUUGGGGCAAACCCUAUUCAGCUGUACAGGGGGAGCCCCCUCCUGGCGAGCCACACCCUGGCAUGAGCAUGGGUGGCCCCUCAGGCCAUGGCAUGUGCUUAGGCAUAAUCAACCCUGGCGCAGCUAUGCGGGGAAUCCUUGACCCCGCUCCUGUAACAGGAGCCUCGUCAUCUUCUUCCUCCAUGACCCACUACCCUAGAGAAACACUCAAUCCUCCUCCUACACCUGUAGCUGAGAACAGAGGCAGGUGUCAGGAGCCACAUUGUUGCUACAAUGCGCACCAUGCCCCACCUUCCACCCUCCAUUCCUACCGCCAUUAUAAGACCCGCAACCGCCCUCCUCCCCCCACCCCGUGCUCCACAGAUGUUUGUGAUUCUGAUGUAUAUUCCUCAGCAAUGUCUCCUCGUGGAACGCACUGCUACACUCCCGGUUUCACCAUGUAUUAUUCCUCUCCUCCCAUGACUGACUAUGACUCGGACCCCCAUCCCCCACCCCCCACUCCACAGACACAGUACAUGUGUGACCUGACCUCAUGCCACCCAACAUCCUGCCCUCCAUCGCCCUCUACAGAAAGGUCAUAUUGCACUCGUGCUCCGUGCCCUCCCCCGCCCUCUCCUAUUGCAUCUGAUUGAAGCACUUCUGCUUUACUCUGUGUAUUUUGUAUAUAGAACCUGCUUCACAGUCACUGUUAAAACAGUUUAUAUUGUUGUUAUACCAUGUUUAAUGUCCUCAAUUAAUUUCUAUUGCUGCUGUUACCUUCAUGCAGGUGGGCUUGUAUAACAAGUCACCUGUUUGAUUGACUGAGUCAGGGAGCAUAAACUGUAAUUCUUAAUUGUAAUUAAUUCAUUUAGUAAGUACAUGAAAGUACAAAGCAAAUAACAUUUGUAGUUCAGUUACUUCAACUUGCCUUGUUAAUGUGAUACUUGGCAUCCUCCUGUUUUUUCAGAUGGAUUGUCACAUCUCAACAUUAAAGUAAAAGAAGAAAAAAAAGAUAAAGAGGUAAUUAAAAAAGUCUUAUGUGCAAACUAUUGGCAUGGCAGGGAAGGUGUUUAUUCAGUGAAAUGCCAGUAUAGGUUUCCUUUCCUUCUGAAACAAAAACACACACACACACACACACACACACACACACACACACACACACACACACACACACACACACACACACACACACACACACAUACACAUACACAUACACAUACA